GUACAAGUGGCAGGAAGGGUAAACCCGCGGGCGCCUGCGUUAGUGGAUUUUUUUAGCAGACAUUUGGAGAGUGUCUAGUGGAUGACAGAAGAAAGAGAAUAGCGGAUGUUUUUUCCAGAUCAAAUGGAUGUUAAUGGAAUUUAUUUUUGGAAGUUAACAUAUUUUACUAACAGAAAAUGAGAUGGAACCUAACAAUAACUUAUGAAUAAUACCCAAACUGUAACGACGUGUUGAUCAUUCCCAAAUCUGCAUUGUUUUUCUUAAUGUUAUUUUUCAUUGACCUGCAAACCAAACGGAAACUCAAUCAUUUUCUUAUAUAAAUGCAUUUAUUUAUAAUAUUUUUAGUUGAAAAGCUGCAGGUUUGGCCAAUAUUUUUGUGUGCGUGAGUUAUGGCCGCGCUCCCUCCUGUUGGUGUCUGACCGAGAUCAUUACAUGGGAGACGGAGAGAUCUAACCGGUGCUGCGCUGGGACAUCAAGAGGGGCAGGGGAACGAGUGGAGAUCCGUUUUUUGGUGUGGUCGGAGGUCCCUGUUGCGUGAUGACGGGGGUCGGGAUUUGGUUUGCGUUUGUCCGGUUUGUGCUUCUCCCGUUGCUCGCACCAUGCACCUUGCUGUUGUGCGUUCUGAUUCCAGUGUGUCUCUCCCACCCGCAGCCUUGUCAAAUCCUCAAUCGGAUUGGGCACACGGUGCGCGUGGGGGCCCUGCAAUUGCAGCCGCGGCUCUUCAGCCACGUUUCCACCUUCAGAGGCGGUAAAGAAGCCCCUGUCCCGGUUGAUGAAUGGGAUAUACACGGCGGAACGAGGGAAGCAGUGGAAAGACAGUUGGAAAAUAUUACCAAAAGUGUCAAUGAACACGAUUUACACAGCCUAGGGACUAGGGCGUCGAUGAACAGCCAACACAAGGAAAUGGGGGGUAAAAGUAAGAACAUGUACAAACAGAACGAGAGUGAGAGAAGUGUGUUCAUGCCGAGGGACUCGAUCCUAUUGGCCACGGAGACGUUGAAUCGCAUGGCCGGUCUGUUACCAUAUAACCUCUCUCUGGAGGUAGUGAUGGCUGUGGACGCGGGGCUCGGGGAAUUACCCACGUUCUCCUCCUCUAUCCCGGUCUGUGAAGACCCCAUGUCGUUUCUGCAGAGUAUUUGUCAUACUGUUAUAGUCCAAGGAGUUUCUGCUAUGAUGGCUUUCCCUCAGACCAGGGACGACCUGGUGAAGUUGGAAUUCAUCGCGUCAACGCUUCAGAUUCCUGUCAUCAGUGUUGUCCAGAACGUAUUCAAACGGCAGAGUAAGAACCCUCUCCAUUUCCAGAUGCCGAUGCAGAACCCGGCCCUGCCCCAGGUGGAGCUGCUCUACUCCCUGCUGGUGAUCAACAGCUGGUAUGACGUCAGCCUCCUGCUCUGUCAGGAGUGGAACAUUUCUAGCUUCCUUGUUCGUCUCCGUAACAACACCAAGUUCCACCUGGGUUCUGUGGUCAACAUCACCACCUACACUACCUCCUCUGGAUCUCAACCCAACAGCUCUGUCUCCAAGGCCGACUUCCAGACCUCUCUACUGGGAUACGUGGAGUCCAUCAAGGAGUCAACGUCUACAGUCGUAACAUUCGGCUGCGACAUCCGGGACAUCAAGAGGAUCUUUAACGUGGUGACCAAGCUGGGCCUGAUGCUGCCAGAGUACCACUGGGUGUUGGGGGACACGCAGGACGUGAAGGAGCUGAGGACCGAGGGGCUGCCGGCGGGACUGCUGGCCCAUGGCAGGAUGGGGACUCCCUCCCUGGAUCACUACGUACAGGAUGGGCUGGAGCUGGUGGCCCGGGUGGUGGGGUCAGCUGCGUACCGCUCCCCUGAGCUCGCCCUCAUCCCUUCCAUCACCAACUGCAUGGAUACACAGAGCAGCCAGAACAGGAACAUGACCUCAGGGAAAUAUCUGUCCAGGUUUCUGUCCAACACGUCGUUUGAAGGUCUGAGUGGUUUCAUCUCGUCCCAGGAGGAGACAGUGAUCUCCUCUGAGAGCCAUCACUUCAUCUGGUCCCUGCAACAUGACCCCAUAGGGAAGCCCAUGUGGACCAGACUGGGCCGAUGGAAGCAUGACAGGGUGCUACUGGACUACACUGCCUGGACCAACAAACAGCCUUGUCAAAUCCUCAAUCGGAUUGGGCACACGGUGCGCGUGGGGGCCCUGCAACUGCAGCCGCGGCUCUUCAGCCACGUUUCCACCUUCAGAGGCGGUAAAGAAGCCCCUGUCCCGGUUGAUGAAUGGGAUAUACACGGCGGAACGAGGGAAGCAGUGGAAAGACAGUUGGAAAAUAUUACCAAAAGUGUCAAUGAACACGAUUUACACAGCCUAGGGACUAGGGCGUCGAUGAACAGCCAACACAAGGAAAUGGGGGGUAAAAGUAAGAACAUGUACAAACAGAACGAGAGUGAGAGAAGUGUGUUCAUGCCGAGGGACUCGAUCCUAUUGGCCACGGAGACGUUGAAUCGCAUGGCCGGUCUGUUACCAUAUAACCUCUCUCUGGAGGUAGUGAUGGCUGUGGACGCGGGGCUCGGGGAAUUACCCACGUUCUCCUCCUCUACCCCGGUCUGUGAAGACCCCAUGUCGUUUCUGCAGAGUAUUUGUCAUACUGUUAUAGUCCAAGGAGUUUCUGCUAUGAUGGCUUUCCCUCAGACCAGGGACGACCUGGUGAAGUUGGAAUUCAUCGCGUCAACGCUUCAGAUUCCUGUCAUCAGUGUUGUCCAGAACGUAUUCAAACGGCAGAGUAAGAACCCUCUCCAUUUCCAGAUGCCGAUGCAGAACCCGGCCCUGCCCCAGGUAGAGCUGCUCUACUCCCUGCUGGUGAUCAACAGCUGGUAUGACGUCAGCCUCCUGCUCUGUCAGGAGUGGAACAUUUCUAGCUUCCUUGUUCGUCUCCGUAACAACACCAAGUUCCACCUGGGUUCUGUGGUCAACAUCACCACCUACACUACCUCCUCUGGAUCUCAACCCAACAGCUCCGUCUCCAAGGCCGACUUCCAGACCUCUCUACGGGGAUACGUGGAGUCCAUCAAGGAGUCAACGUCUACAGUCGUAACAUUCGGCUGCGACAUCCGGGACAUCAAGAGGAUCUUUAACGUGGUGACCAAGCUGGGCCUGAUGCUGCCAGAGUACCACUGGGUGUUGGGGACACGCAGGACGUGGAGGAGCUGA